CCACUGCCGAGCCCGGCACCGCCUCCGCUUCCGCCGCCGCGGGGGCGGGACCGGCCCCGUUAAAGGCGGCGGGGCYGGGGAGGCGCCGCGUCCGCCCGCGCCAUGGCCGAGGCGGCAGCGCAGGAUCUCCUGCUGGCAGCCGCGUUUGUCUCCGAUGCGCAGUACAACAGGAAUAUUCCUUUUAAGACCUCCCCGGAGGCUGUCAGACUUUAUCACCUCUAUAACCACUGGAUGAUGAGAACAGCCACCUACUUCUUCAUCUUCCUCAACCUGUCCCUUGCCCUGUUUGAGGAACCUGCKGUGUAUCCRCUCCCCUUCCUGGCCACAUCAGUGCUGGAGGUGUUGUGCCUUCUGGUGUUCCUCGGCCGGCUGACGCAUUUCGCCAAAGUCACCCUGCACAACGUGUUCUGGAAGGACACCAAGAACAUYUGCAUCGUGGUGGCAAUCCUGCUAUCCCUGACAGACUUGGCCAUAUAUGGGGUCCUCAAGCUGUACAAUGUGAGGAGCAUCCGAUGGUCGAGGAUUGUGAGGCCCAUCUUCCUCAUCAACUUUGCAGAGAGUCGCCAGAUCCGGAGGGCCUUUCGCAGCAUCCGCAACACGCUGCCAGAGAUCACCUAUGUCUUCCUGCUCUUCAUGUUCAGCCUCCUCAUGUUCUCCCUCAUGGCCUUGAAGCUCUUUGGAGAGAGGAAUCUCCAGACAGCAGAAGGCUUGCCCUACUUCAGAAACUACCUGGAAGUUGUGUUUGACCUCUACGUGCUGGUGACGACGGCCAACAGCCCGGAUGUCAUGAUGCCAGCGUUUGACUUCAGCUCCUGGUACGCCCUGUUCUUCAUCGCCUUCGUCAUUGUCAACACUUACAUCUUCAUGUCUCUCUUCYUGGCCGUGGUCUACAACAACUACAAAAAACACCUGAAGAACGAGAUCCGCAARCUCGCCUACAUGAAGCGCCGCAAGAUGAUCGAGGCCUUCAACCUCCUGAARGAAGAGGAGGGAGAGCAGUUCGUGAUCCGAGAAGCCCGCUGGAAGCAACUGGUCAAACUGGUGGCUCCUGACACCAGCAAUUCCCACCGGGAGCUGCUGCUCUCAAUCUCGGAUGACCAGCAGAAGGGAUUUGUAGACAAGAAGUCUUUCGUGCAGCUGGCAGACCUGCUCAACAUCCAGGUGGUGACGCUGAAGAUCCGCAGGCACCCCCUGGCGCGCUGGGUGCCGGCGCUGUACGGCUCAGCGCCCAGCCGGCUCCUGCGCAGCAUCGUCAGGCACAGGGCUUUUGUUUGGACUUAYGAUGCCAUCAUCCUGAUAAAUGCCAUCUUCAUUGCUCUGGAUGAGGAAAGCCCCUACAUUUCAUACGCAGAGUGGGUGUUCCUUGCUCUCUACAUCAUCGAGAUCCUCCUGAAGGUCUACACUUAUGAACCCAGGGAAUUCUUUGGCAAAACCCAGUUCUGGAACUGGUUUGAUACCCUCAUCAUCUUUGCUGCCCUGACUGCAACGAUUCUCAAUGCCACGCUCAAGUCCACCAUGAAGUACAACAGCCAGCAGAUCCUGGACAUUGUGUUCAUCCUGAGAGUCCUCAGGCUGAUCCGGAUUGUUGACAGCAUUCAGAGGUUCCGGGUCAUCAUGAACACCCUGAUAAACAUUGUCCCGACCAUGCUGACUUUUGGUGGSCUAACUCUGGUUGUGUAUUGUGUGUUUGCUAUCAUUGGCAUGGAGCUAUUCCAAGGGAAAAUCCAGUACUUCCCGGCCAACUCAAAUGCUCCUCAUGCUUUGGAAUGUGGGAAUCCUGCUCUCAAGGAUUCCCUGUUUGCCCGUGGCAAGUACUGCAAGAACAACUUCAACAACUUUGCCUCGUCCUUCAUCGUCCUCAUGGAGCUCACUGUGGUCAACCAGUGGCACGUCUUUGCCAAUGGAUUUGCCAACGUGACAGUUCAGCCUGCCAAGCUCUACUUCAUCGCCUUUCACAUCGUGAUGGUGAUAAUCAUUGUCAAUAUCUUUGUGUCGUUCAUCUUGGAAGCUUUCUUUGUGGAGUACUCCCUGGAGAAGAGUGAAGUGGAAACUGCCAUCGAGCAGAAAAUCCAGGAGCUGGGAAUGGGAGUUCAAGAGGAUGAUCUCCAGGAUGAACAGCUCCUUGACAACAUGGAGAGUGCAGAGCACGAGCUGGAGAGGGAAGGUGGAGCAAAGCCACAGAGCAAAGGGCUGGUGUUCAAAAUUGCCUCCAAACGAUACAGGACAGUGGAUGCUCUGCUCCAGCGCAUGUUUGAGGCAGAGAUACCCCUGGAGGAUGAAGGCCCUUCCUUUGAAGAGAUCCUAAACUUGUCCCCCAGCUCGCCUCUUCCCAGGAGCCCGAGUUCCGAGACCGCGGCAUGAGGAGGGGAUUGGGGAGAGGGAGYUGAUUCCCAGCUGUCCAGGUGUUCCCUGGCUGCUCCCACGUGUGGGGCCCGGGUUACACGGUGGGAACAAACAGCUUUGUCUUCUAAAGGAGCUUUAUCUCAUGUAAAGCCUCGUAUAAACGUCUGGAAUGUGGGGAGCACUCGAAGUAUCCGGCUGUGCCUGGAGAGGGAUGGUGCCAUGGGCAGUACGUUAUGGAAUAACUACUCCUUGUAACUGGAAUUGUAUCGCAGCACUUUUAUAUGCAGCUCUAUGGAYCGGUGUACGCUGAAUCAAGCGUCUCUUUAGUACAAUAAAUU